ACUGGAUCUCUGACCAUCACAAACAUCACAAGCGGACACACCAGAUUCACACGCGGGAUUCUAUGAAGUAGAGAUUAGUGGAAUGACACCAUCAAAAUUAAAAAAAAAUUCAAUCAUUCAGUUUCUGUCUAUGCUCAUCUGCCCAUGCCUAACAUCACCAGAGAUUCUUCACAAAAUCUUUCAUCAUCAUCAUCAUCAUCAUCAUCAUCAUCAAAUUGUUCACUGCAUUGUUCAGUGGUGAAUGUGAGUGAUGUGACUCUCUCCUGGUACAAAGGAAACAGUUUAUUGUCCAGCAUCAGUGUGUCUGAUCUCAGCAUCAGUCUCUCUCUACCUCUGGAGGUGGAAUAUCAGGAUAAAAACACCUACAGCUGUGUGAUCAACAAUCCCAUCAGCAACCAGACUCAACAUCUGGACCUUUGUGAACUCUGUUGGCCCUGUGCAGAAUUGUCCACUGCAGGACAAUCCCUACCUUUAUUGUACAUAGUGCUGAUUUCUACUGCUGCUGGAUCUCUGUUGACUGUAGCUGCAGUCGUGAUGUGCUGCAUCUGCAAAAGACUUAGAAAAUCAGUCGAGAUCCAAGAGGAAGACAGAACUGAUUCAGCACUGUGUAAACCAAGAACAAGAAAAACGAAACCAAAGGCGGACCACUUGUAUGAAAAUGUACCCAAAAAAAAAAGAUGAUCAAAUAAUUCUUGAGGACAAAUCUUACAUUUAUUGUUUUCCACGAUGUCUCGGUUUUAUUUUCACUUUUGGUAUCACAUAUUUUAGUGUUAUUGUGAUGUCUGAUGUAUUUCGAUUUAGUUAUUGCCCAGUU